GUAAUUUUGCGCAUGCGCGUUGUGAAAAUUAAUGGCUGUCAAAAUAAAGUUUGCGCUGAUAUUUAUAUUUUUCUUCUAAAUUUCCAGUAUGAGGAAGUGACCGCAAGCAUGUUGAAUUGUGCCAAAAAUCCAAGCAAAACAAACUAAUGGGAAUUGUAUCGCAUUAAGAGCAAGCCAUGAGCAGCUUUCAGCAGCUGGAGGCGAUAGAACGUCUCAUCAAAUAUACAGGCCUUAAUAAGGCCAAGGCCAGGGACUACCUUGAGCGGAGUAACUGGAACGUUGAAACAGCCCACACGAUGUACAAAAAGACAAAAUCCAGUGGUGGAUAUCAGCCAGGUGGGGCUGUGCCCAGCGCAGGGAUCCAGUACCAGCCCCAUGGCAUCACACCCCGCCACCCGAUUCCUGUGGCAACCACUGUGCGGCUUCCAGCACAGCAGGCCAUGUACCCCCGCCCCACCAGCUACCGUAUAUCAGACGGUCUGGGGACGGCUAUGUCAGGGAUGGGGCCGGCGGCCGGAGAUAUUUAUCCUGCUUUUCUACCUCAGCAACAUGUGCCUAAGUUCCCUGUGAACAACGCUCCAAAAGAGAUUGUCAUACCCAUACAGGUAGAGCGCCCAAGGCCAGUGGUGGAGAGGCAAGCUGCCCAAGCAGGAAGCGCAAGUAUAAGGCCGCCCCCUGCCAUCUAUCAGGCCCCUGUCCGCCCAUCCUCCCAGCCUCAGGGGCACACUCAAAUUGACCCCCUGCCAAAGUCCCAGUCCUACCCCGUCCCCAUGCGGCCCAACUCUGGAAACCUAGGCAGGAGUGACAACACCCAUGUUGUGAAGGCAGGGUUUGUAGUUGGGAGCCAGGAGGGACUGCAGGCCCCAGGGGAGAGUGGCAGCAGGGGACCCAGCCCCACCCAGGGAGAACUGCACAGGGAGAGCAAACAACAGGAUGAAAGGUUAUCUCCUCCUAAGAUGCCUUCUGGCAAUUGUUCACCAAAAAUUCUCAAGCGAGGCAUAUCAAAGAUUUCCGAGAAUUCUUUUCUCGUUGAUCAGGAGAGGAAGAAUGUUUUACAUGACAUCAGCGAGGAUUGCCAUGACCACAUGUAUGUUCAGACAUUCACACUGCCGGACAUCUCUGGGUAUAACGACGACUUACGGGAGUUCCUGGAGAAGGACCUUAUCGAGAUAUCCACCCUCGUCUCCCUGGAGCAGGCUGGUCGCCUGAACUGGUGGGCGGAGUUAGGGGUGUGUCAGCGCAUGUGGCCCAUGGCAACUAGCGGCGACGGCAACUGUCUUCUGCAUGCUGCGUCACUUGCUAUGUGGGGUAUACAUGACCGUCAGUUGAUGCUGCGUAAGGCCCUGUAUGAUACUCUGACAAAGAAGUUCUACAGUAACGCCCUCUACCGGCGUUGGCGACUACAGCAGACUCAGACUAACAAACAGGCUGGCCUGAUAUUCUCAGAGUCUGAGUGGAAGGCAGAGUGGGACAACGUUCUACGGCUGGCUUCCACAACGCCCCGCGCCCUCCCCGGGGUCAUUCCCCGCAACAACAGCUGCUGUGAUAGCCUCAUCACAUCAUCAUCAUCCAGCUCUGAUAAGACCUUGGACAAGGAUGCUGACUCUGACUCGCCUGUAGUGUAUGAAAGCCUGGAGGAGUUCCAUGUGUUUGUGCUUGCCCACGUUAUCCAGCGGCCAAUCAUCGUGGUGGCGGACACAAUCCUUCGGGACGCCAGUGGCGAGGCUAUGGCCCCCAUCCCGUUUGGCGGGAUUUACCUGCCCCUGGAGUGUGAGGCCACACAGUGCCAUAGAUCGCCGCUGUUGUUGACGUAUGAUGCGGCUCACUUCUCUGCCCUGGUGCCAAUGGACAACAUACAAGGGGAGGAGGAUAGAUCAAGUCUUCCUGUUGCCAUUCCUGUUGUAAGUUCUGAACUGAAGAUCCUACCUCUACACUUUGCCAUAGAUCCUGGCUCGUUCUACAACUGGGAGAAGAAUGAUGGCCAGUUCAUGAUGCCGGACGAGCAGAAGAUCAAUCUGCUUAAGAAAUACAUGGACGUUGAAAAGCUGCCAAUUUGUGGGAGCUAUGGGGAGAACAAUAGUGAUAAAUACUCCAGUGGGUCGUACGAUUCUGAUGACGAUAGAGGAAAAAAGAAAGAUAAAAAGGGAAAUUCUGUCUCAAAACAGUUUGGCAGUUUUGGUAAAAGUGUUGGAAAGAAAUUGAAAAAUCUGGGAAAAGGUAAUAAAGAAGAGAAAAAGGGAAGUUUACGAAACUCUAGUUCACAAAAUUCUCGUAUUCCAUUGACUAUCUCUGCCCUUGCUGAUAACGAACAACAAUCUAUAUGGUGCUGUAAGCUUGCCUUGAAAAGGAGCGAAACACACCAGAAAAUGGUGGAUAAUUACCUGUAUGAUGCUGAGGAACGCUAUAAGGCUGAUGUAGCUGCUAACCGGAUAAAACCGCGAGACGGUGGUCCUGUGGUACCACACAGGGUGCAAUGUAUCACCAGUGGCUGUAAUCUAUAUGGAUCAGCUGAUACGAGCUAUCUGUGUUCUAAAUGUUACGCUGAUCAGAAGAAAUUGCAGAUAGAUCACGAGAAAGAAAAACAUGGACGCUCUAGGGAUAAACAUCAUGACACUAUGGAUGGGACUAAGAUUGGUAAAUCAAAGUUUUAUGACAUGAAUAAUGACAAAAAUGAAAGAAAUUACAACAAUGGACGGGAUUCCCAAAAUUUGAACCAAAAGCCGCUAGCUGAUCUGAAUUCCCAAGGCAAGGGACAGAACUCCAGCAUGGCUCAACAAAAGCAAAGGCCACAGACACGGACUCCUUCCCCAGACUAUGACAACGUGGUGUACCCAAAACUACCCCCUCAUCAACAAGUAGAAAAAGUUCCCAUAAAACCUGUGGUUAGUAGACCAGUGAGUUCCAAUGUGGUAUCUUCUACAGUUCCUGGUGGUAGAAAAUGUCGAAACACUUCAUGUACUUUCUUUGGAAAUGAAAAAUACGACAAUUAUUGUUCUUCUUGUUAUAAGGAAAUGCAAAAAGAUUUAAUAAGAUUGUGAUCACAUUGCUUUAUCACUAGCAACUGGUCAUCAUUGAAAGUAUUUUGUUUCAAAAGAAAUAUAUAAUUUUUUAAACUUGGCCAACCUGCUAUUGGUCUAGUCUGAUAAUAGUCAUUUAGAGAUUGUUAGUAUUAUCUUACAAAUUGAAAUAUAUCUAGAAAGUUAUUCGCAUUAAAGCUAAAAGGUGUUUUAAUUAUUUUGAAGUUUUUCUUCCUUUCCAGUUUUGUCAGUUGUCAGUUUUUCUACGAUUUUAGCUUUGAAUAUAAUAUGUCCAUAAAAAAAUAAUAAAAAAAUAGUGGUAACAAAUUGUUUCGGUGUUAAGUGAAAUUAUUUUGUUUGUCUGUUUCGUGAAGAAAAACAUUUGGGUAUUGUGAUAUAACUUUUAGACUUGGCCAUGACUCUAAAACCACCCUAAAUAUUCACAUUAAACUAUGUUAACAUGUGACCAAUAGCAAUGCCCACAUGUGUAGCAAGACCCUAAAUUCUGAUUCUGAUAAGUGUUAAGUUAUGACCCUUUGUUGUCAGAAAAAAUGUUUAGUAAAAACUUCAAGCCUAUUAUCACUCAAAAACGGUUAUGAUAUCUACAUGAGACUGUAAAUUUGUAUUGCUAAUGACAAUACACACAUGUCAAGCCAUUCCUGUAACCAUGGUGAUAAAUGCGUGAGUUACGGCCCUUGAUCAUGUGCUGUUGUGAAAAAAAUUCAAUCCUGGCCUUGAAUCAGAAAUACUUGCGAGAUAUUCACAUAAAACUUGGUACACAUUUUACCAGUACUGAUAAGCCCACUUGGAACAAAACCCAUUACUCCUGUUCAAAAAGUUAUCAACUAUGCCACUUGAUCAACAUUAUAGGAGAGGAGCCUAAUUGUGCUUUUGUUCAGAACUCCGUGUGUAUAGAGGGCACAGCUUUCUUGUUUUUUUUCAUAGUUCUUAUAUUGCUUUUAAUGUCUAAAAAAUGUUUCAAGAAAACAGUUGUUCUAAACACAAAUUUGUUGAAGUUUAUCCAAUUCAUCCUUCAGUGUAAUAUUUGACUGUGAUUUAUUUAAAAAGGAGCUUUAAUCAUUACAUAUCAUAAUUUAAAUAGAGGUAUCGCAUAAUUGUAUGGUUUUACAUAUACAAAUUUUGACUUCACCAUUUAUAUAUACAUAUUGAAAUGGUUCCAAAACAAUAUUUAUUGUCAACUGUUAAAUGUUUGCAGUAUGUGAAUGAUAGCAUUCUCCCUGUUUUUAUUUGUUACAUAAUUUUAUUAUAUGCUUUCCUGUUGUUUAUGGAUUUGUCAAACAGUGUAAAUGUUAAUUUAUAAUUUCAUUGUUUCAACAGUUAGCUCGGUCUUAUGUCUUAAUCAAAUCUUCGCGCGUACAGGGCUGACAAUUUUAAUAACGUCAUUUCUGAAAUGACUUAAUGUUUACAUACAAUUUGGUGCGCUUAUAUAAAGAAACUACUAAUGUCAUAUUUUAUCUGUUAUAGAGUAUAAUAAAAAAAACGAAAAAUUGUUUGUAGCAUUGCAAUAAUUCUCAACUUGUUAACACCAUAAGUAAACAUUUCACUCAUUGCUGUGAAAUAUAGCAUUUGGUGCAACUGGGUGAUUAUAUAUAUUUUACACUGAUACAAACAUUUAUCCUCUGUAUAUAUUAUUUUAGUUUCAUAGCAAACUCAUUUGUUAUGUGUUAAGUAAAUUGUGAAGUCUAAUUCAUUUAAUGUUUGUAACUUAGACAAAGCUGCAGUCAGAUAUCAUUUUGUAUUAAACUAUCAAUGUGCUUUAUAUUCCUGGAAAUUCCCGAAAUUAUACUGAAGCAGUGUAGCAGUUGAAAUUGAAAGCAUGGAAUUGCGAUUUAAAUAGACUAAAUGGGUUGAUGAAGGAAUGGAUAGCACUACCUUUUUUGACAAUUUCCAGGAACAGACGCAAUAUGCCUUUUUCUUAAUUUACCUCAGAUUAUGUGAGUGUGUGCAAGUGUUAUUUUUGAGUGUAUAUUUAACUUUAUAGAUGGUGCACAUACAUGCCAUAUUUAUACUAGUGUUUCUUUUUAAGUGAAAAGCACUGUAUUAAGUAUAUAUGUUGUUAGAAAGUGUAUUGUACCAAGCAAUCUAGUCUACAUUUUACCUAUAGAAUGACACAAACAAUUUUUUUUUAAAUGGGUAUAUUCAUCCUCUGCAGGGUGACAUAGGGAUGGAUUAAAUGUCAGGGGGAUUCUCUCGGGGUUGAUAUGGCAUGUAUGAGUGCAUCAUGUCUUAUUGCAUGCUUUUUGUGCUAUUUGAAUUGUCCAACAUUGUAUUUAGCAUUUUCUUGGGAGCAUUCAAGUGGCAGUCAAUUAGAUAUACCGGAUAUAGAUCAGAGUUGGUAGUCAAUUAUUCAAGCCAUUUGUUAUAAUAUCAAUUUCUUUUAAGUAUUACUAUUGAAAUGAGUAAGCACGAUGAUAUUUUAUUUCACACCUGUAAAGUUUCUGUCUUAAAUAAUCUAAGAUUGACCAUAAAAUAUGGAGACUCAGACAAAUUUCUGUAUUAAAUGUGUUUUUUUGGUUCCAUUUGAUGCAGGUACAUGUACCUAGAGUGCAUUGGUAAUUCUACUCCGCAAAACUACGCAAAUGAAAUAGAAUGUUUGCAGGCAAAUUUAUGUGCUUUUUUUUAUAAGAAAUAUUAAAUAUGUUUAUAGUAAAAGAAAUUUAUAUUCCUAAGACAGUUAAACUAUGAUUACUUCUUGUUGAUAGAAUAAAGAUACAUCACACUCAACUGUCUUGUGCCAUACAAACUUUAUGCAAGCAAUUGAAAGUGAAACAAACCUGCAGAUCAGACGACUUACAUAAUAUUUUGUACCGGUUAUAUAGUGGAUUUCAACAUCAAAGAUUGUCUUUCAAAUAAUAUGCUAUAUUCAAUGUUUGUCCUGGAGUUUUAUUCCAUUUACAGUCUUCACGAUAAUAUCUUACAUAAUGUUGCCCAUUAAAGCUGUUUAAAUGAACCUGCACAGAGCAACUCGCACUUGCCCAAACACAUUGUUAAAAUAAAAUAAAAAUUCCAAAACUAUUUUAACAAGACCUAUUGACUAUAGGUAUGUUGUUUUUUUGUUCUUGAACAUAAAAACAGACGUCCAAUUAAUCGAUAAGGUUGGCGUGACAAUUGUUAUUGGUUUUAAAAAAUGUGUAAAUUUUCUUUGAUUUAGGUUCAAAGCAUUCGCCAUUGUAACAUAUUACCUUAUUUUUAUUUGAUUUUUUGUCUGCCUGCACCAAAUCUUUAGUUUGACUUGUCCCUUCUGCCAUGCUGACUGAAUUUUCAACAUGCCCUUUGGCAAUUUUACUUGUCCCUGGCUUUGGACAAAUGGUUUAUCGUGGAGACUGCAUUUAUUGUGAUGAGUUCAUAAACCAAAUGAUUGUUAUUUAUUUUUUGACUACUUGUUAUUGUGUUAUGUCUUCAUUUUCUUAUGCAAAAUAUAUGAUUAAAGUUCAUACUGCUGGC